AUGGAGAACUAAAAUCUAUUAAAUGAAUUCGAAAAGCUCUAAUAGGAAAUAGAGAACAUCAACAAGUAUUUCAAUUAGUUAAUAGAAAAAGAAUAAAAAAUGAGAAUCGUGCUAUAGAAUUAGUAGAUUCUAAAUGCCAAACAUAAAUAUAAUGCAGAUUUGCUUUAGAAGCCAUUAUAUUAGUAAAUGAUAGGAAUCUCAGCUCCUGAAAAGAGUGGCCAUUAGCAUGAAUAUCCAAAUGGAUUAAAUAUACCUCCAGCUAAUCCAAAUAGAAUUCCUUAAAAUCACGAAGAAGAGAACAAAUAAUAAUAGCCUGCAGGCUAAUAAGGACUUGAUUAAAAUUUUAUGGGAAUGAAUGGAAUUUAGGGACCUCAACCAACAUUUGGAAACGACUAUUAAUCUUAAAUGGAUGGUAUUUCUUAAAAUCCUAAUUAAUAGAAUCAACUUGAUUAGACAUAACGCCAUAUUACAAAUAAGCCUUCAUUGUCUCAAGAAUAGUUAUUAAUUAUGCAAUAAUAAAUGAACUAAUUUCCUUAAGAGUUUUAUGGCUUUUAAGUUGUUAAUGGGACUUUAUAAGUAAGCAAUCCUUAAUAAGCAAGUUAGUUAGUUGAAAUGAUGUUCAGCUCCCAAUAAGGAUAAUUAAUUUUAUAAAAUAGCAAAUAAGUUAUGCAAACAGUAGAAAAAGCUAUUGCAGAAAAAGAAGCAUAAUUCAAAAAAUAAUUGUAAACAUAAUUUGCUGAGUUCUAAUAAAAGUACUUAAAAAAUAACAGCACUUAAGAGUUAAAAAACACAAUAACUUAAAAAGAGGAAGAAAUCAAAAGGAUCAACCAAAGUAUGGCUACUCUAAAAGAGUAAGUAAAAGAAAAAUCUGCAGAAAUAGAAUUGUGGAAGUCAAAAGCAAUUAAUUUGAAUAAAACUAAUCAAAAUGGAAACACAACUACUUUGGUUUAUGAUUAAGAAAUCAAAAAACUUUCUUUAGUAAUUUUGAAUUAACAGAAAGAGAUAGACGAAUGGAAAUCUAAAGCAAUGAAUGGUGGAAUCGCUAAUACAUUAGAUGGUACUACUAAUAUGCCUGCAGCUUCAGGAAGUGAAAGAAUAGCUUAAUAAAGAGCACUUUUACUUUUCAUUGAAGUUGAAAGACUUAAAAAAAUAAUAGAAAAAUAUAAGGAAAUGACUGAUGUAAAUUUAGAUGGCACAAAUGCUGUUAAUAAUGUAGGAGGUAAAAAAAGAAGCAUUUUUACUGAUAACAACAGAAUCUUUGGAUUUUAAUCAAAUAAUCUAAACUUAACCAAUAAUGAUGAUCCUGACAUUCAAAAUCUUAGAAGAUUACUUGAAUCAAAAAUAUAAGAAGUAGAUGAAUGGAGAAUGAAAUUUGCGAAAUUAGCUGAAAAAGCAUAAGAACGUGAUUAGCUAGAAUCAGAAGUUUACCGCUUAAAGUAAGCUUUAGAAGAUACACUUGCAAAUGGAGGCGUUUAUAGAUCUCAUGGACACACUAGCGAUAGUGAUAAGGUUAAUAUGUUACAGAUAGAAUUGCAAAAAGCAGCUUCUGCUCUCAAAGAUAAAAUAGCAGAAAAUGAGAUGCUAAGAAUGAAUUAAUUAAAUAUGAAUUAAACACUUAAAAAUACAAAUGUUUAAGUCUAAUAAUUUACAUCUGAUGCUUAAGGUAAGAAUUAAUAACUAACUGGUGAAUUGGGUAAACUAACUAAUGUUUUAAAGGAUAAAUUAAAAUAAAAUGAAGAGCUUAGAGGCUACAUGAUGAAGUUGGAGUAAAUGAUAAAAGAGAAAUAAUACGAAAAUUAAUAGCUUAUAUAAAGAAUGCAACAAAUGUAAAAUUUAAUGCUAGAUAAAUAAUAGUUUAGUUAGAAAGUAUAGCAAUACGAAACCACUAUUCAUAAUAUGAGAGACGAAUUUGAAAAAGUUCAAAACUUAGUCAAAGAUAAAGUUAAAGAAAAUGAAUUAUUAAAAUAAAACUUAUAGCGUUUGUAGCAACUUUAAAACAAUAGAGAGGCUUUUGAAAACGAAGUAAGAAAGAUUUAAUAAGCUCUAGAAAUAAAAGCUCGUGAAUGUGAAGAAUGGAAAUUAAGGUGCAAGGCUAUUGAACAGAAAUUAUAGCAAGCUGCUUAAAUAGAGGCAAGGGCAAAAGAUUCAGAGUAUAAACUACGUAAUUUAAUAUAAGAAAUUUCUAUUCUUCCUCAUAAAAUAUCUAAAAUGUGA